AUGUGUCCAGCCCUUGUACACCCACAGCACCCGCCUCCUCGUCAGCUUGGUGCUGAGGCGGGGGGGCCCCCAGGGUCUAAAGACGCAUGCAACGCUGGGGGGCCCCUAAGGGGGGCCCCUGAGGCCCCCCAGGCAGCAGCAGAGGCCCCUGGGGGCCCCAUCGGGGGCCUCUGCUGGGACCAGAUGCUUUCGUUCAUAUCGCAAGUUGCUGCGGGUGAGGGUCUUUCUGCUGCAGCAGCAACAACCCCUCAGCAGCAGCAGCAGCAGCAGCAGCAGCAGCAGAAAGGCUGGGGGCACCUCUCUACGGAGGAAGCUCCUGUUUCUGCUGCUGCUGCUGCACCGAAGGGGGCCCCAAUACAACAGGAAGCCUUUGUUGCUGCGCUGCCAGCAUCUAACAGGCGCCGCCGCAAGGUUCAGCAGCAGCAGCAGCAGCAGCAGCAGGAGGUGCUGCUGCUGCAGCAGGAGGAGGAAAACCAACCCAAGAGACGGCGGGGACGACCUCCAAAAAGUGCCCAACAGCAGCAACAGCAGCAGCAGCAGCAACAACAGCAGCAGCAGCAGGAAUACGCGCUUAUUGAAGGGGCCCCUCCUUCUGGUUUGCAUGAUGAAGGGGGCCCUCCUGCUGCUUCUUUUGGGGCCCCCCCGUGGGAAUCUUGGGGUAACCCUAGCAGCAGCAGCAGCAGCAGCAACAGCAGCAGCAACAGCAGCAGCAGCAGCAGCAGGGUACAGGGGCCCCCCGGAGGCGGUAGAAAGGGCAUGGGGGCCCCCGCAACCCCGGAGGAGACCGGUGCUUUAGACGAGGAGACGCUGCAGCAAUUAGAAGACAGUCUUUGUUCUUUUCUUGAUGUAGAGAGGCCCCAAGAAGAAGCACUGGGGGCCCCGCACCCGCAGCAGCAGCAAAAGCAAGCCGCUCACAGCAGCAAAACAACAAACCAAUCAGCGACGCACGGGGCCCCUGUCCUUGCUGCUGCAGCAUCAGGAGCCGAUUUGCAGCAGCAGGGGGGCCCCUGCUGCUCUCCAUACGGCACUGGGGGCCCAGCUGCAGCACCAACUUUGCAGCAGCAGGGUUCAGAGGGGCCCCCUAACAAUGAAGUAGAUGCUGAGCAGCAACAGGGGCCCCCAAGGGGGCCCCCCGGAGGGUCCUCCCAGGUCGAGAAAGCCCUGCUGGAAGCGUGCAGCAGCAGCAGCAGCAGCAGCGCCAGCUGCUGCAGCAACGAGAAUGGCAGCAGCAACAACGGCAGCAGCAGCGGAAGGAGCAGCACGUGCAGCAGCAGAAGCGCAUGCAAGGGCUGCGAUGCCUUGCGGCAGCAGCUGCUGCUGCAGCAGCUCCAGGGGUAUGAUGCUUGGGGGGAGGAGAAUAAGAGGCUAAGUGCUACUCUUGAAACGAAGCAGCAGGCGCUGCUGCAGCAGGAGCAGCAGCUGCUGGAGCUGCAGCAGCAGAUCGAGCUGCUGCAGCAGCAGCUGCAACAGGCAGCAGCAGAAGUCCAGCACAGAGAACAUUUGCUGCAGGUGUCGCAGCAGCAGCAGCAGCGGCUCAAGAAGGAGCUGCAGCAAGCAGCAGAAGCAGAAGAAGAGCAGCAGCAACUUGUUGCUUCCACGCUGCUGCUGCUGCAGCGGGAGAGGGACGAUGUAAAGAGACUCAAGCGGCUUGCUGCUGCAGAUGCAAGGCGUAUCAAGCAACUCACAGCCAGGCAGCAGCAGCAGCAGCAGCAAGGGCCUUGUGCUGCUGCUGCUGCUACUGCAGCACCGGAGGUCAGCGCCCCGCUAUCCGAGCACUUUGGGGAUUGCAGCAGCAGCAGCAACACUGCACCAGCAGCAACAGCAGCAGCACUGCAGCAGCAGCAGCAGCUGCUGCUGCCAACGGAGAGCCUUGAUGAUGAUAUAUUUGGGGAGAGUAAUUUUAAUAAAGAGCAGCAGCUGCAGCUGCACAGCUCUGCAGACACUCCAACCGCAGCGCCUGUACUGCACAACCAGCAGCAGCAGCAGCAGCAAACGCAAGAGGAGGAGCAGCAGCAAAACAAAGGAGAUCGCCUGCAGGCGUCGCAGCAGCCGCAGCCGCAGCUGCAGCAGCAGGACCAGCAGCAGCAAGUGGAACGGCUGCAGCAGCAGCUGGAGGACGAGUUUGUAUCUGCGCUACAGCAAGAGCAGCAGCAGCAGCAGCUGUGUGAGCAGCAGCAUCAGCAGCAGCAGCAGCAGCAGCAAGAGGGACGGCUACAGAAACACCUCAAGGGCGAGCUGGUAGUCCCUAUGCAGCAGCAGCAGCAGCAGCACGAGCAACAACUGCAGCAGCAGCUGGAGGACGAGUUGCUCUCUUCCCUGCAGAAGGAGGAGAAGCAGCAGCAGCAGCAGGAACAGCAGCAGCUGCAGCAGCUGGAGGAUGAGUUGUUCUCUUCUCUGCAGAAAGAAGAGCAGCAGCCGCAACAUGAACUGCAGCAGCAGCAGCAGCAGCAGCAGCAGCAGUUGGAGGAUGAGUUGUUGUCUUCCCUGCAGAAAGAAGAGGAGCACCAGCCAUGUGAGCAGCAGCAGCAGCAGCAGCAGCAACAGCUGCAGCUGGAGGAUGAGUUGCUGUCGCCUAUGCAGAAGGAGAAGAAGCAUCAGUGUGAGCAGCAACAGCAGCAGCAGCUGCUGCAGCAGCAGCUGGAGGACGAGUUGCUGUCUCACCUGCAGAAGGAAGAGAAGCAGCAGGAGCAGGACGCUCAGCAGCAGAAGCAACAGCAGCAGAAGCAACUGCAGCAGCAGAAGCAGCAGCAGUUGGAGGACAAACUCCAGUCUCCUGUACAACAAAAGCGGCAGCAGCAAGAUGAGCAGCAGCAGCAGCAGCAGCAAGACCAGCAGCAGCAGCAGCAGCAGAAGCAAGAGCAACAGGGUCACCGGCAGCAGCAGCAGCAGCUGGAGGACGAUCUCCUGCCCUCUCUUCAGCAAGAAAAGGGGCAGCAGCAGCAGCAGGGAAAUGCGCUGCAGCAGCUGCAGCAGCAGCAAGGGGUGCAACAGCAGCAGCCUCUGAGGCAGCAGAAAGACAAGAUCCUUUCUUCACUGCAGCAGGAGCUUCAGCAGCAGGAAGAGCAGCAGCUGCUGGACAAUGGGCUGUCGUGUCUGCUGCCGCAGGAGAAACAGCAGCAGCAGCAGCAGCAACAGCGGCUAAGUGAGCAACAGCAGAAGCAGCAGCAGGAGGAAGAGCUGCCUCUGUCGCUGCAGAACGAGCAUGAGCAACCACAGCAGCAGCAGCAGCAGGAACAGGAUGAGCAGCAGCAGCUAGAAGACGAGAUGCGUCCCUCCUUGCAGCAGGCGCUGCAGCAAAGACAGAAGCAGCAACAACCUGAGCAGCAGCAGCAGCAAAAUAAGCAGCAGGAGCAGACCGAAGAGCUGCAGCAGCAGCAGCAAGCUGAAGUGCCGCAGAAGGAAGGAGAGGACAAUACAGCUUUUCAGCAGCAGCAACAGAAGCAGCAGCAGCAGCAAGAGGAAGUGUUGCAGCAGAAAGAGCUUGCUCUCGCGCCACUGCAGCAACAGCAGCAGCAACAGCAGCAGGAGCAGCAGCAACAGCAAACUCAAACAACGCUCGCACAGCAGCAGCUGGAGGACGAGCUGCUGCUGCCGCUGCAGCAAGAGCAGGUGCAAGAGGCGCAGCAACAGGAAGAGCAGCAGCGGCAGCAGCAGCUUGAGGACGAGCUGCUGCUGCCGCUGCAGCAAGAGCAGCUGCAAGGGCAGCAGCAGCAGCAGCUUCAGCAACAGCAGCUUGAGGACGAGCUGCUGUUGCCGCUGCAGCAAGAACAGCAGCAGCAGCAGCUGUCGCAGGAGCAGCUGGAGGACGAGCUGCUGCUGCCACUGCAGCAGGAGCUGCUUCAGGAGGAGCAGCAGCAGGCAGAGGAAGGUGAGCUGCUGCUGCCGCUGCAGUUGCAAGAGCAGCCGCAGCGCCAGCAGCAGCAAAAGCAGCAGCUACGUGCUUCCCAGCUACACGUGCAGCAGAAACAGCAGCAGCCGCAGCAGCAGCAGCAGCAGCAGCAGCAGCAACAGCUGCCGCUUCGCCAGCAGCUUCCUAGGAAGCAGCGGCGGCAACAUCAGCAGCAGCAGCAGCAGCCGAAUCAGCAGCAGCUGCAGACUCAGCAGCAGCAGCAGCACGAAGCUGAUGGAGCAGCACGAAUGAAAAGACGCCGGUGUUCUCCUCACACUGCAGCAAAACCAGCAGCAGCAGCAGCAGCAGGUUUUGAAUCAGCAGCAGCAACAGCAGCAGCAGCAGCAACAGCAGACGUGUUAGACAAGCUGUUUCUGCUCGUCGAUGGCAGUCUUGCUGCAGCAGCAGGAAGCAGCAGCUGCUGCACUUACGCGUGGGCCCGGGGGCAGGCAGCUCCUGAAGUGCAUGCAGUGCUGCAGCGGCUGCUGCUGCUGCAGCAAAACAUGUCUGCUGCUGCUGCUGCAUCCCCAGAUUUGCUGCUGCUGCUGUGGCAGCCCUUGCUGAAACGUGCUGCUGCUUUGCAGGCUGCCUAUACAGCGCAAUAUGCAGCAGCAACAACGGCAGCAGCAGCAACAACUCCUUUGCUGCGGCUGAGAGUGCUGCUGGCGCACAUCUUGCAGCAGCUGGCUUCAGUGCAGCAGCAAAAAGGAGUGUGCCUUCAGCUGCAGCAGCAGCAGCAGCAGCAGGAGGUGCACCGGGUCCUGUGCAUGUCUCUCGCUCUGGUGGAGGUCUGGCAGCGAGACCAGCAGCAGCAGCAGCAGCAGCAGCAGCAUCUGCAGCAGCAGAAGCACCGGUGUUGCGGCGGGGAGCUGCAGCAUCAUCGUCUACUGUCUUCUCUGCGGCUUUUGCUGCUGCAGCGGCUGCGCUUUGCUGCUGCUUCUGCUGCCAGGUAA